UUUCAUAAAUUAGGGACUGAUCUCACUCCCAUUUAUAAUAAUAAGAGAAGAGAAGACCUCGCCAGUUUUAAAAAAUGCUCAUGGGAUCCCUACCCUGACAUGCCAAAAAUUAAAUUAAUUUUCUAGCAUAAUUCAAGGAGCUCAGGGAAUUAGUGAAGGUGGGACAUGGAAACUAGAAGGAAAGGAGCCCCGCUUGAAAUUUUAUGAGGUCAUAAAUCUUUCGACAUGUGGGCUGCCAUUCCCGUCAUCAUCAAUAGCUAGAAAGAAAUGAAAUCUGCAAGCGAAAAAAUGCAUUUUUUAUUGUUUUUCCUUAUCGUUACCCAAAUUCCCAUAAACAAUUCAUCAGAAAAAGGAGCAACAAGGAUAUGCAAAUAUAUUAACCGAUAUAUUUGUUUACAUUUUCCACAAAGUGUAGCAAAAACCCGAACACGAAAAAGUUUCCAAACUCGUUCCAUGACAAGUGACUGAAACAAUAAGCCUAAAACGUUUUAAAACUCUCUUAAAACGCAAACAAUGACAGUGGCAGCAGUAUAAAGUGCUGGAACAAAACCAUCAGCGCCAAUAUCAUCAACAUCGUCAACGGCAGCCGGUCCAGUCACUCGGCCAUCAGCACGGCGGCAGCAACACUGGUCUAUGGCUAAUACAAAAGUAACAAACAACAAAUCGCCAAAAAAAACUGAGUCAAAAGUUCGCCAAAGCAUUUGAUGCUAAAACAACAAAAACGAAAAUACAACAUCCCCAUCCACAUUGGCAGCACUUUUACGAGUUGCCAACUACCUUGUACAACGAAUUUUUAUUACUGCACUAGAUCUACGACAGUUCGAUUUAGUAUGCUAUGGCCGUGGCGAGGGCCCUGGCUGUUAGUGCAACCUCUGGAGUUGGCCAAGACAUAGCCAGCGACAAUAGUGCCCAGUGCCGCACGUUGGCCACCAAAGUGCGCCGGAAAGGGCCACGCCCUCAGAGACGUUUGCACCCACCCCUCCUGCAGCCCAUUCGCCUGAUCUUGACACUGACCCAACACCUGCGCCUUCUCCUCUGGCUCUUGUUCUGCUGUUGCCAAUUGGCCCAGAGCGUAGUGGAGGCAGAGUGUCCAGCGGUGUGCGAGUGCAAGUGGAAGAGCGGAAAGGAGUCCGCCUUGUGCCUUAACGCCAACCUCACACAUAUCCCCCAGCCCCUGGACGCUGGCACUCAGCUGCUGGACUUGAGUGGUAAUGAAAUACAGUCCAUACCCGAUGACAGCUUCGCCUCUGCCCAAUUGUUGAAUCUGCAAAAAGUUUACUUGGCCAGGUGUCAUUUGAAGCUAAUUGAACGCCAUGCGUUCCGUAAGCUUAUUAAUUUGGUAGAAUUGGACCUUAGCCAAAAUUUCCUCUCUGCUAUACCCUCGUUGGCUUUGUUUCACGUUUCGGAACUGCGGGAACUGCGGCUGAGCGGAAACCCCAUACUGCUAGUCCCAGAUGACGCGUUUGGACACGUGCCUCAAUUGGUCAAACUGGAGCUGAGCGAUUGCAGAUUGGGACACAUUGCCAUCCGGGCAUUUUCCGGCUUGGAAAGCAGCCUGGAGUGGCUAAAACUAGACGGAAAUCGGUUGAGUGAAGUUCGGAGCGGCACCAUAACUUCCUUGGCGUCGCUACAUGGCUUGGAGCUGGCUGGAAAUGACUGGAACUGCAGCUGCUCUCUAAGACCUCUGAGAGCCUGGAUGCUGCAACAAAAUAUUCCAAGUGGCAUUCCCCCCAGCUGCGCUUCUCCACCUCGGUUGUCUGGCAGAGCCUGGGACAAGCUAGAUGUAGAUGAUUUCGCCUGUGUUCCACAGAUCGUGGCUACUGAUACCACUGCACAUGGAGUCGAGGGCCGAAACAUCACUAUGAGCUGUUAUGUGGAAGGAGUUCCCCAACCAGCAGUUAAAUGGCUACUAAAAAAUCGGCUCAUAGCCAAUCUGAGUGCCGGGGAAGGUGACACCGAUUCGGAACCCAGAACUGCGGCAGCCACUCAAGGACGAAAAACCUAUGUAGUGAAUAUGCUACGAAACGCCUCUAAUCUGACCAUUCUUACAGCUGAUAUGCAGGAUGCGGGAAUCUACACUUGUGCUGCGGAAAACAAGGCCGGCAAAGUGGAGGCCAGUGUUACGCUUGCUGUAUCCAGAAGACCUCCAGAGGCACCCUGGGGCGUAAGGAUUGUUCUCCUAGGCGUGAUAGCUGCCCUUCUUUUCGUCGGUGGCUCUUCAUUAGCAGCUAUUUGCUUUUGUUCUCUGCAACGGCGAAGAAAACUUAGACUGUGGAACUCAGUACCGCCAGUAAGACGAAGUGAAAGCUACGAAAAAAUUGAAAUGACGGGUAGGACGCGACCGGAUCUUGGUGGCGGGGCCAGCUGCGGGGGCGGGAGUGCCACCGGAGCGGGUCUCUUCCCUGACCCAGAGGAGCAGAGCUAUUUAAGAGCAGGCCACACUCCGUUGAGCGAUUCCGAUGCGGGGCAGGCGGCAAUAGUGAAUCCCAGUGCAGCCGGAGGAGCUCAGAGAAGAAACGGAGAUUACCUGAACGUGUCCACCCACUGCGAUGACGAGGAGGACGAACAGCAACAGCACCUGCACGAACACCACUCACAGCACCCACAGCCAACUGCGAGUCCGCAGAAAAAUCAGCAGAGGAAAGGCUCCCAGGGUCGUGUUGUCUCCGCAGCUGGGGCGAAUAAUUCACCACUAUUGGAGGAAACAGAUCUGCAUAUACCGCGCCUCAUCGACAUCAGCGGAACCGAUUCGGCCUCGAGUUCCAUCUCCAGUCAGGUCGACGCCGCAGCUCGCUUGGCAAGUUUUGCCGGACACUCAUGGAAAACUACGGCCAUUGCUACCACGAAGAUCAAAUCGCCGCACAGCAAACCGGCGACAACAAACCCCGUCUCGACUACACCCUACGUACACUACGGAGGAAGAAGAGCAGCCGACGACGGAAUUGCCACGUCAGUGUUUUGUAGCGAGGGCCAGGAAAGUGAUCUCUUCGAUAGCAAUUACCCGGACUUGUUGGACAUUGCCAAGUAUGCGUUGGCUCAGGCGCAGCAGCAAAGUCAGGGACAAUCUCAUGGCCAAAACCCUCCCAUGCCCAACGGGAGCCUUUGCACGUUGCCCCGGAAACUGAAGACUAGUGGAAAGUACUUCUGUAAUUCCUCGGACAGUCAGUCAGCACUUUUGGCUGACAAUUCAAGCAAAUACGGCAGCAGCAUUCUUGGCGACGGAACUUUUCUGAACGAAGCUAUGGGUCUGGGUCGUAGAUACUCAGCGGAGUCCAGCUAUGCGAAUUACUCAAGUACUGCGACCUACACAGGUGGAGGUCAAAGGGCAAACAGCUUUCUCAAUCUGGUCCAAAGUGGUGCUCACAAGGGCCCAAGCGGCUUAUUACUGGGACACCUGGGGCAAAAGCCAAGCUUACCCUCCAGCCCAGUGCAGCAUCAAAGAUCCUUAUCAAGUGCGGCCACGCCCCUUUUGGACUUCACCGCUCUGGCGUCGAGGGCCGCCGGGGCAGCCAACUCCUCAGUGGCCGCCUACGACUACCAUGCUGCGCAGCUGGAACGUUUCCUGGAGGAGUAUCGUAACCUGCAGGACCAGCUAUGCAAAAUGAAAGAAACCUGCGACACGAUCCGGAAAAAGGAGACUCCGCUCCGAGUGGCCGUUGGCCAGUCGGCGGCUCAGUUGGCAGACCCCGUGAUGUACAGUGCGGCCACGCACAGUCCGAAGCCGCCGAUGACGGGCAACUUGAAAGCAAAGACUCUGCUCCCAGGACAAACACCAGAGCCGCCGCCCUACUGGCUCCACCGCAACGCUAUGCUCAAACGUCUGAACGCGGAUGGUGGUGCGAAUGGGGGUUCCGGCAUGGCAGGUGACUCACCCGCCUCACAGCAGUCAGGCCAGGACAUAUUUAAAAGCUAAUCGAAAACAUGUACAGCCGGGGAAUUAAGCGAAAAUACGUAUAUAAGGGUUCUUCGGACAUCCGAAGAAGGCAUGAUCUUUCUUUAUGUGAAAUAAAUAUACUAAUUUUAUUCAAUCUAAUUCAUUUUGGUUAAUAUACUUAUUUCAUUAAAUAAAAAAAUAUAUAUAAGUAAUUUUUCAUGUUUGACUUAAAGACAGAUAUAGUCAAUUGUUUUCCGAUCUAUGAAUGUACAUAUAUUCUGACAAAGAAUAUUUAUAAUCAUUUGCAAGUGAUUACAAAAUACUGCCCAUACUGUCACAGUUACUUUUUAUACUUACAAUUAUAAUUGUAAUAAUAAUUAUCGAUUGAACAUUAGUUCAAGCAUUAAAACUGAAAUUUUUGCAACUGAUUUGAAUUCUAUCCAUAUUUACUCGCUUUGAAAGCUCAUGCCUGGUAAAAGAACAUGCAUUUGUCUGGAUAGUUAGUUAGGAUUAGGUAGUUGGAGGUCACUCAACUGGUUAAAUACCCAGCCCCUCUAUUGUAUUAUAGAAACACUUUUUCACUCUUUAUACUCGCUAUAAAAAAAUAUAAAACACAUAACGAAAUUGUUAAGGAGAAGCUAUAGAAUAACAUUGUAAGUGUAUAGUCAGUAGUCCCCUUAAGCAAAGGACACUUUCUAGAGUAAACCCUAUUGGACUGUAGAAUCCUAGUACCCUUAAAACUCUCGUGUUAGUUUAACUACAAGUGUUUAUGUAAUACAAGCAAUCUCACAUAAACCAAGAAGAUAAUAUUAGAUAAUCUAAUAAAAUCAUAUGUUUGAGUUGUCACAGACUGCGAGAAUUGAUGGAUUGACUGAAGUAUCGGUUGAUUGUUUAUCAUUUCUUUUACUUUAUGAUCACAAAUUGUAAGCCAAUCACUGAGUUCAAUCGAUUGCGAAAUUGUUGACUUACAAUAAAAACAAAAAGUAUAGCAUAUUUUAGGGUGUCUCUGAACUAAAAAUUUUACAAAAUUUUCACCCAACCAACAAAAAAAUAAAAAAAUAAAUUAGUUGAAAAUUAA